AUGUCCAUGUCCAGACCACUCCUGGUCAGGCAGGUCUGCCCAAGGCGGCAGUUCUCAUCUUCAGCGCAACCCCUGAUCAGCCUGUCGAAUAGGACGGUCUCGGUCGGGGCGCCGCCGCGAACACUCGUGGCGGACCUGACGCUCACCAUCAGGGAAGGCGAGCGCUGGGCUGUCCUCGGCCCCAACGGGUGCGGCAAGACGGUCACCUUCCAGCUCGUCGGCCGCCUCCUGAACGCGCUGCGCCCUCCGCCCGCCGCGGCAGCAGCAGCAGCUGCCGAGGCGGAUGACGCCGAGGCCGCUGCGUCCUUCAUCUCUUUCGAGACCCACCGCCAGAUCAUACGCGACGAGCUGAGGCAGUUCAACGAGAGCCGCUUCACGAUCUGCCACAAGAGGGCCACGGUCGCGUCGUACCUCUUUCCGGAGCUGUACCCGGCCGAUCCGGAGCAUCCGAGCGGCUACAAGGGGUUCAGGCCCCCGACCACGUGCUUGUCCCCGAUGCCAGUCCCUUACGACGCAGGGAUGGAGCGUGACGAGCAGGGGCCCAUCACCUACGCGGGACUGCAGACGAUGCUCUCGCAGAUGCAGACAAACCUGUCGACGUUGUUCACGACGCAGAUAUCCACUAUCCAGCAGGAUGUUUCGGCGAUUGGCACCACAGCUCAGCAGCAGGAAGCGACACUGACCUCGUUGAAGCAGCAGCUUGAUCGGCAAAACCAACAGCUCAUUGCUGCCGAGGAGAAGCUCGAUAAUACCAACAUCGAGCUCAAUCGAGUCCAGACCUCGAGUGCGAGCAGUACGGCAACUUCUUCUGUGGAUGGCCCUUCAGGCCUGAAAUGGGUUGACCCUAGAAACCGUGAGGUCCAUGAGAUAGAAGUGCGAAGCGACCUCCCCAUGGACGUCAAAGACAAUAAUCGCGCCUUCAGCACCAUCUACAAGCCGCUGGAGAACCUCUUCAAGGAAAGCCCCAAGUGGACGUCGUCGUGCAAGCUGAGGGUCAACGGCUACAAGAAUCACAUGCUCAUCACAGACGGUGACGACUUGUGGAAAUUGAUUAAGCUUCAGGUUGCGCAUCGGCCACGUGGUAAAGACACCUUCACGUUCGAGUAUCAAGAGGAGACCUGCAGGGAUUGGAAUGUUCCAGAUAAGGACGUGCAGGCCAUACUCGAUGAGGCUCAGAAGGACAUGAAGGAGCGCGAGUGUUGCGAGCUGAUCGCAGUAACAAUGCCCGUCAGGUGCGCAGAGCAGUGCAUGGCCACGAGUAUCUUACCGCGUUUUUCUGUGUACACGCAGGGCUUUGGACGGGCUGGCGAGGCUUCCAUGCUCAUCUCCGCUCGCUCCAGCAAGGUGUUUGAAGACAUGAAGGGGCCGCCCAUCGAUGCGAAUAAUCAGUUCCUUAGGUCUGUUUCCCCGCUCGUGGACAGCGGCGAACAGUUUGUCGCGAAUGACCACCGGCGCCGCGAUUGGGUAGUCGACUUUGAAGGCUUCAAGAGGUGCUUGCACAGCAAGCGCGACGCGGCCGUGGGCCCAUAUGGCAUCCCAUAUUCAGCCUGGAAGAAAGGUGUGGUGCGUCGGUGGAUUUUCGCCAUCCUGGAGGCCCAGAACUGUCCGAGCUUUUUGGUCGAGGCGAUAAGAAAGCUCUACCGUAAUUGUUUCGUGCAGAGCCCUGAGUGCAGCAUCCAUGGCUUUGCCGACGAUUUAGCCGCCGCCGCCCAAAACAUCUACGACUUCCUUCCGGAGGACGUCAAUAUUUUAUGCCGAGCGGGUUUCUUCGCGGGCAUGAUGUUGAAUAUUCAAGAGUGCGCGAUCUUCUUCGCGUCCCCAGCGAGUGAGGACGAGGCGAGGCGGAGGUUUAAGGGUGCAGGGAUCAACGUAGCCAGGAUCAGAAUCGUGGACUGCGCCAAGUACCUUGGAGUUCUUGUCGGCCGUGGAGGUGAGGUGGGGAUGGGGAUGUUUUGGUUCCCGUCUCCAGGCCUCACCGUGCGGGCGGGGGCCGCCGCCUCCUCGGGUCGCGCCGGCUGGCUGCUGCGGCAGCUCGGGCUGCACGACCUGCGGCACCAGCCCGUCUUCGGCCUCUCCACCGGCGAGGGGAGGAAGCUGAUGCUCUGCCGCCACCUGCUCCGGCCCUCCCGCCUGCUGGUCCUGGACGAGGCCUUCGACGGCCUGGACGCGCCGUCCAGGCAGCGGCUCGCCGAGGCGCUGCGCGCCGUGCUCGCAGCCCCAGAGUGGCGCGCCAGCGCCUCCGCGCUGAUCGCGCACCGGCGGGAGGACUACGAGGGCUUCGCGCCCACGCACGCCCUGCUGCUCGGGCGCGGGCGGGGCGGCGUGGGCUACCAGGUGGGCGAGUGGGACGCCGUGCGCCCCGCCGUGGACGAGUACUUCGGCGAGCAGCUGGACGCCGAGCUGGUGUCGGGCCGGUCGCACGGCGCCUCGGCAGCCUCUGGCGCCCCCGGCCCUCGCCGCGCGCUGGUCGACGAGGCAGCCCUGGUGCCAGAGUCGCCUGGAGCCGCCCUGGUCGAGUUCCGCAACGUGUCCAUCUGCUACCCGACCAGUGUGGUGUUCAGUCCGCCGCUCUCGUUCACCAUUCGAGAGGGCGAGAAGUGGGUGGUGUCCGGAGGGAACGGCAGCGGCAAGUCGACUCUGAUCGAGAUCAUCACGGGCGAGAACAUGCUGGCAUAUCAGCAGGACGUCUGGCUCUUCGGUCGCAGGAAGGGCAGCGGUGAGAGCAUCUGGGAGAUCAAGCAGCAGCUAGGCCUGCUCUCCACAGAGUUCCACAUGGCCUACCUCGACUACGCCGACCCGUCCAUCCGCACCUUCGCCGACAAGCCGGCGGUAGUCACCACGUGGGAGGUGGUGUGCUCCGGCUUCUUCGACUCCGUCGGCCUGUAUUCCGAGGUCACCUCCGGGCAGGAGGCCGCGGCGCGGGAGUGGGUGGACUUCUUCGGCAUCCGCGACCUGGUCUCCGCCCCCGCGCGGGCGGGCGGGGCCGCCGCCCGAGGCCGCGGCCGAGCGGGCGCCGCCGCGGGCCCCGGCUGCCCGAGCUUCUUCGACCUGUCGUUCGGGCAGCAGAAGCUCGUGCUGCUCUGCCGCGCCAUGGUCAAGGGGCCCAGGCUGCUCCUGCUGGACGAGCCGACGCACGGCCUGUCCCCGGAGGAGGAGACACAGGCACAGGCGUUUGUGUGUUCCGCUUGUAUUUGUUCCUUUGAUGUCUGGGCACAACCGGGAGCGGCUGCUGAACGCGCUGUGCGCGCUGGGGUCCAGGAAAGACGUGGCCGUCGUGUACGUGACGCACCGCGCCGACGAGGUGGACGCCCUGGGCUUUGGCAGGGUGUUGCGCCUCGGCGAGCGGACGGCGCAGCACAGCCUCGGCUCCAGCGGCCCACCAGAGUGCGACGCCUCGGAGUGCCUGCUUCACUGA